UCUCAAAAAAAAAAGAAAAAAAGAAAAUUGUGGCUUUGAUUGUGUAGCGAAGAGGAAGAGAUGUGGGGGAUUGUGAGACAAAGACUAGGAGGCUACUCUGCUUAUUAUUCAUUACAAAGGAUUGGACUUGGACAUCUACUAAAUUCAUCGAAAUGUUACUCUUCUGAAGCAGCAGCAGCAGCUAAAAAGAUGACAGUGCGAGAAGCUCUGAAUUCUGCACUUGAUGAAGAAAUGUCAGCAGAUCCUAAAGUUUUUCUGAUGGGCGAAGAGGUCGGGGAAUAUCAAGGUGCAUACAAGAUUUCAAAAGGGCUGUUGGAGAAGUAUGGUCCUGAGAGAGUUUGUGAUACUCCAAUCACAGAGGCUGGUUUCACUGGAAUUGGAGUUGGUGCAGCUUACUACGGGCUUAAACCUGUAGUAGAGUUUAUGACAUUUAACUUUGCAAUGCAGGCAAUGGACCAUAUCAUUAAUUCUGCUGCCAAAAUGAAUUAUAUGUCUGCUGGUCAGAUAUCAGUACCUAUUGUAUUCAGAGGACCAAAUGGUGCUGCUGCUGGAGUUGGUGCGCAGCAUUCUCAGUGCUAUGCAGCAUGGUAUGGUUCAUGUCCUGGUUUGAAGGUUCUGGCACCAUACUCAUCAGAAGACACUCGAGGCCUGCUAAAAGCUGCUAUUAGGGACCCUGACCCUGUUAUUUUCCUUGAAAAUGAGUUGCUUUAUGGAGAGUCUUUUCCUGUUUCAGCAGAAGCUGUUGAUUCCAGUUUUUGCCUUCCAAUAGGGAAAGCUAAGAUAGAGAUAGAAGGAAAGGAUGUAACAAUUACUGCUUUUUCAAAGAUGGUUGGUUAUGCUCUCAAGGCGGCAGAGAUUCUUGCAAAGGAAGGAAUCAGUGCUGAGGUUAUAAAUCUGCGCUCAAUCCGUCCCCUUGAUAGAGCCACAAUCAAUGCUUCUGUCAGGAAAACUAACAGACUGGUAACUGUUGAAGAAGGCUUUCCUCAACAUGGUGUCGGUGCUGAGAUCUGUACAUCAGUGAUUGAGGAGAGCUUUGAGUAUCUGGAUGCACCUGUUGAAAGGAUUGCAGGAGCUGAUGUUCCUAUGCCAUAUGCUGCAAAUCUUGAGAGGAUGGCCCUUCCACAGGUUGAGGAUGUAGUUCGAGCCGCAAAGAGAACAUGCUAUAGAUCAGUUUGAAUGGCUGCUUCAACUGCUAAGAAAGAAGUUAGAGAUAAUUUUUGUAGAGGUGUGAUAGUUACACACUAUGUUUUCAAAACACGAUUUUACAAUUUCAUAGGCUAUGUACGGAAAUGUGUAACAAGCUGUGUGCAAUAAUAAUUAGCAAUUUUUAUAUA